UUUGUCAUGGCCUUGUUUCUAAGGGGGCUUCGGUGAAGUGGAGUUAAAACUCUUUAUGUUAAGGCAGUCUAAGUGGACCCUCUGUUUGUUUCGGUUUCGUCACUUCUAUGGCCGGAUAGAAGAAAGAAAGAAAGAGACAAGAGGGAAGGAGAUGGAGCGACGCGUUUUAAAAAUGGGCAUCUUUUUGUUUAGUGCCGUGCCCGUCAGUUUUUCGACUGAGAGUGUGUCCGAGAAAAAAAUUGUCUGCUAUGGUGUGAAUAAUCAGAGCUACAGCUGUGAAACUGGACAUUGCUGUGGGGAGUCGCAGUGCUGUAAUUACUACUAUGAACUGUGGUGGUUUUGGCUGGUUUGGACUAUAAUUAUUAUAUUGAGCUGUUGCUGUGUUUGUCAUCAUCGGCGCACAAAGCAUCGUCUACAGCAGCAGCAAAGGCAGCAUGAAAUCAACUUAAUUGCCUACAGAGAAGCCCACAACUAUGCCUCCCUUCCAUUCUACUUCAGGUUUUUGCCAAAUUAUCUCUUACCAGCUUAUGAGGAAGUGGUAAACAGGCCACCAACUCCUCCUCCUCCUUAUAGUGCCUUACAGCCAUGUCCUCCACCUGGAAGUGGCGUUAUAAAUUUAGAACAGGUUGAAAGAAAUCCCCAUGCAAUACAAGGUAGCCCUACACCUGUAGCAGAUGUUCUCUCUGCACGACCUGGUGAUCUUGACCCUCAGCCACCAUUGGACUACAUUCAGCAGGCUAUCCUAGAACCGCCUCCUGCCAUAGAACGUGAUGGACAAGUUGCAUGUAGCAAUGAGAUGGCUGAUAGUGUUUCUUUCCCAGACAAAGAGGAAGAUUGUCAGAAAGAGCUUUUGAAAGACUUCAGUUCUGAAAGCUUUUCAGAAGAUAAAGAAAAAACACCUGGAAGGCACCGGCGUUUCACUGGAGAUUCUGGCAUCGAAGUUUGUGUUUGUCGUGGAAGGGAAGAUGAUGGGCUCCUUGAUGAUAAUUUGGAUGGACCAAUGGACUUCUGUGAAGGCUGCAAUUCCUGUGAAUCUCAGCCUUGUGGGGAUGAGGAACAAGGAAUGGUUUACCCAGAGAGACAUCAAGAAAAUGGUCAGCCCCAGCCAUCACGGCAUCCUGUGUGCCUGCUUUUGCACACCAUAAAUGAGCAGGAGUUGCCGCAUGCCCCAAAUGGAAGCAGUGACCCUCAAAGCUGAGCACAAGAGACUUGAGGAAGAAGCUUAACAGGGGAAAAUGUUUAUUUGGUUCACUACUGUGGUUGAUUUGUGGCCAUCAUUUAUACUAAGAACAAAUUUAAGCCAUAUGUGAAUUAUGUGCUGUCCUACUUUCCUUUUGCAGGACGGUCUUGACAUUUGUGGUAAAGAAAAAUGCAGGAAUUGUUGUCUGAGAAACUCAGUAAUUCUAUGUUUGUGAAGCAAAGGUGUUUCUUUGCAUGUUGGUUGCGCUGUCUUAAUGUGAAGCAGGUCAUGUAGGGUUCUUGGUGCCCAUGUUCAUACUGACAGGACAGGCUCAUAUGGGGAAGAAACUGCAAAGGAAGAAGCCUUAGUAGCUGUUAAAGAGUUUUGUUGUGUUAACUCCUCAGAGUACGGCUGUAGAGAGCUGUUCCAAAAGACACUGUUUUAAAAAAUAUAUACAAAAACACAAAAUGGUUUAAAGAAUAAUGGAAAUCCUACAUCAUGGUUAACAUGUAUAAAAUACAGUAAAAUGUGUUUGGAAAGUUUUCAGCUUUUUUGGUUUUCUCAUACUCGAGACAUUUGAUUAUUAAGGGGGUUCAUUCAGUGUUCGAUGUGGUAUGCAAAUCUUUGAAUGCUUGUGUGACAUUUAUAACAAAAGGGUCAUUUAAUUGUCCUGGCCUUUCAAUGAAAUAACCAUUAAAAAGAUACAGACAAGGGGAUUAAAAGAGUGUUGUUAGUUUAAGAGCCUGUAAUUGAUUUUUUUUUUUUUUUUUUAAUGCAUUAUUUCUGAGUAACUGGCCUUCGGGUCACUUAUCUAUAGUGAAUUUUAUAUAUGUAAUUCUGCAGACCUGUUCAAAAAUACUGCUGGGUACGCUGAAAUGUUUUCUGUAGACAUUUUUUUGCCCCUACAGGAUUUUGACCUUGGCUAUGGAUAUGGAAAGUAACUUGAAUUUUUUGUUUUUAUGGCUUUGACUAUGCAUUUUUUUCCUAGAAAUCUCAAAUUGGGCUUGUUGGCAGCAGAAAGCUAGUGUUAUGCAUUUGCACAAAUUUAAACUUUAAAAAUGAAGUUGAAAUGAUUUAGUUUUAAUUUUUUACAAAGAUAAUUCAAGUCGACUUCGAUUUACCUGCAGUUUGAUUUUUGCUAUUCAUUUUUUGUGUUAUUAGCAAAUUGACCCCAAUGUAUGUUUAAGGAGUGUUUCUUUAUUGUUCCAGUUUGUUUUUUAAGGCGACAGGUCAUUUUAUUGACAACUUUUAGUAUUUUCAGAAAAUGACUUUGCAGACCUGUUGACUGCAGUGCAGUUGUAGCUACCUGAGGCUGAUUACAAAUGAAACAUUCCAGUUAACUGAACCAUAAAACUUUCACUUACUGAGUAGGUAGGUGUAUGGUAAGGUAGGCAGGUGUCACAUGACUUUGCAUUGAAACCACCAGUUUCCAAAAUAAAUUAACCAAACUUGAAUUUUUGUUAUCUGCCCACACAAGUCCUGUGUGUCAGUCAUUUAUAAACUUUCUCAUUAGCAGAUUUUAUUUUUUUUAAGUAUAUUUUAUCCUUAACUAGAAUGCACUCUUUAUUUUACAAUCUAUCUUAACCACUUCCAUCUGGGCAAGAAAUUUUGCUUGGUUAAAAGAAAAAAAGCAUAUAAAAAAAGUACAUUUCCUUAAAAAUUCCUGUGGUAGUCUGAGGUUCUGCAAGUAGGGGUGCUGAGGGGGCUUCUGCCUCCUCGUGAUUCUUAAGUUACCGCUUACCUGACUGUGGUCCUGCACUCUUGUAGUGAAGCUUGGCGUCCCCCCAAGAUGUGCUUCUGUGCCAAUGAGAGAGGUGCUGCGGGUGAGAGACCACUUGGAAUAAUGUACUGUUAAUUGACUUAGUACUUUUAGACUGGUUAUUAGGAAUUUUUUUUUUUUUUUUUAAUUUUGUGUUACUCAAUCAGAAGUAAUUAAUGCUUUUAAUAUUCAUUUGAUUUGUAUCUGUGAGUCUGUGGUUUUCCUAAGAAUAGUAAGUCUAAAUUUUCAUUUGUGACUGACUCAAAGUGUUACUAGUUUCUUUGUUAAUUAACUAUUCCUAUCACUGUUAUGGCUGGUAAUAUUGGUGCGCAGUCGUGGGUCUUAAAUGGCUUCUGCUGUCUAGGGUUUGAGGGGUUUUUGUUUUGUUUUUUUGUUUUGAAUGCACAUCUGUUGAGCAAACCACUGUUUGUGAGCUGCUCUG